AUGAAGGCAGACUGUGCAGCAGGAUCUCCAGGGAAUGGAUGGAUUUUCUUCAGCAACGAUGAAAAAACUGACUUUAAUACAUACUAUAAGAAAACAAUGUUCAUCCAAGGACUGAAAGGCUCUGUCAUCCUCUGGGCGUUUAUUCUCACAAGAGCUGUUACUGGAUUCCCAGGACAAGGACAAUCUAUAUGGAAAAAAGAUCGUAAUUUUAAUCCUAUGAAUGAAACUCAGAUGUUUCUAUAUGACACUUUCCCCAAAAACUUUUUCUGGGGUGUAGGGACUGGAGCAUUUCAAGUGGAAGGAAGGUGGAAAAAAGAUGGUAAGGGACCCUCAAUAUGGGAUCACUUCAUCAGCACACACCUUAAAGAUGUCAACAACAGAGACGAUUCUGGUGACAGUUAUGCUUUUCUGGGGAAAGACUUGUCUGCGCUGGAGUUUUUGGGAGUUUCUUUCUAUCAUUUUUCAAUUUCCUGGCCAAGGCUCUUUCCAGAUGGGAUAGUAGCAGCUGCCAAUGAGAAAGGACUCCAAUACUAUAAUACUCUACUCGACUCUCUUGUACAUAGAAACAUUAAGCCUAUAGUUACUUUAUACCACUGGGACUUGCCUCUAGCACUACAAGAAAAAUAUGGGGGGUGGAAAAAUGAAACCAUAAUAAAUAUUUUCAACGACUAUGCAACUUACUGUUUCCAGACAUUUGGGAACCGUGUUAAAUACUGGAUUACAAUACACAACCCGUAUCUAGUUGCUUGGCAUGGCUAUCGUACAGGUAUGCAUGCGCCAGGAGAGAAAGGGAAUUUAGCAGCUGUUUAUGCUGUGGGACACAACCUGAUCAAGGCUCACACCAAAGUCUGGCAUAACUACAAUACAAACUUUCGGCCACAUCAGAACGGUUUAUUAUCGAUCACCUUGGGAUCCCACUGGAUUGUACCAAACAAAUCAGAAAACACUCAGGAUGUCCUUAAGUGCCAACAAUCCAUGACUUCUGUGAUGGGAUGGUUUGCUAACCCUAUCCACGGGGAUGGGGACUAUCCAAAUAUAAUGAAGAAAUCACUUCCCCUUCUCCCUCAGUUCUCUGAAGCUGAGAAAACUGAAGUGAGGGGCACAGCUGAUUUCUUUGCCUUUUCCUUUGGACCCAAUAAUUUUAAACCUCCAAGCACCAUGGCAAAAAUGGGGCAAAAUGUAUCGCUCAAUUUAAGAGAAGUACUAAAGUGGAUUAAACUGGAAUACAACAACCCAAAGAUCCUUAUAACUGAGAAUGGCUGGUUCACAGACAAUCAUGUGGAAACAGAAGACACAACAGCAAUCUACAUGAUGAAGAAUUUCCUUAACAAGGUUCUUCAAGCAAUAAAAUAUGAUGAAAUAAAGGUGUUUGGUUAUACAGCUUGGUCUCUGCUGGAUGGCUUUGAAUGGCAAGACGCUUAUACCACCAGACGAGGAUUAUUUUAUGUGGAUUUCAGUAGCAAACAGAAGGAAAGACAACCCAAGUCCUCUGCACAUUACUACAAACAAAUCAUAAAAGAGAAUGGAUUCAUCUUAAAAGAGUCCACACCUGAUGUGCACGGUCAGUUUCCCUGUGACUUUUCCUGGGGCAUUACUGAAUCUGUUCUAAAGGCUGAGUCAGUAGCUUCUUCACCACAGUUCAACGACCCUCACUUAUACUCUUGGAAUGUUUCUGGCAAUGGAUUGCUACACCGAAUAGAAGGAGUGACAAUAAAAACAAGAGCUGCUCAAUGCACAGAUUUUGUCAGCAUCAAAAAACAACUUGAAUUGUUGGCAAAAAUGAAAAUCACACACUAUAGGUUUGCCCUGGACUGGUCCUUAAUUCUGCCCAAUGGAGACAUGUCUGGGGUUAACCGACAAGUUCUUAGGUAUUACAGAUGUGUGAUCAGCGAGGUGCUGAAACUCAACAUUUCAUCAAUGGUCACUUUAUACUAUCCAACUCACGCUUACUUAGGUCUCCCUGCACCUUUGCUCCAGAAUGGAGGAUGGCUAAACCAGUCAACUGUUCGUGCUUUUCAGGACUAUGCAAACCUCUGUUUUCAGGAACUUGGAGAUUUGGUAAAGCUCUGGAUCACAAUCAAUGAACCCAACAGAUUGAGUGACAUAUACAACAAUAGCAGCAACGACACAUACAGGGCAGCUCACAAUUUGCUGAUUGCCCAUGCCCUGGUCUGGCAUGUCUAUGAUAGCCAAUAUAGACUCUCUCAGCAUGGGGCAGUGUCUCUGUCUCUUCAUGCAGACUGGGCUGAGCCUGCCAAUCCUUUUGCUGACUCCCACUUGAAAGCAGCAGAGCGAUUUCUCCAGUUUGAGAUUGCAUGGUUUGCAGAACCUAUUUUCAAGACAGGAGACUACCCAGAAGCAAUGAAGGAGUACAUUGGCUUCAAGAACAGGCAGGGGCUCUCCAGCUCUGUGCUCCCUCACUUCACAGAGGACGAAAGGAAGCUUCUCAAAGGUUCCGCUGACUUCUUUGCUCUAAAUCACUUUACCACAAGAUUCGUCAUCCAUGAGCAGCAGAAUGGCAGUCAGUAUGAUUCUGACCGAGAUGUCCAGUUUCUGCAGGACAUCACCUGCUUGAGCUCCCCAACCCGCCAGGCAGUGAUGCCAUGGGGAGUGCGAAAGAUUCUCAACUGGAUCCAUAAAAAUUAUGGUGAUGUAGAUGUCUACAUCACAUCCAAUGGGAUUGAUGACCAGUCCCUGGAAAAUGAUGAACUCCGAAAAUACUACUUAGAAAAAUACAUCCAGGAAGUUUUAAAAGCUUACCUAAUUGAUAAAGUCAAGAUAAAAGGAUAUUAUGCAUUUAAAUUGACAGAAGAAAAAUUUAAACCCAAAUUUGGAUUCUUUACAUCUGAUUUAAAAGCAAAGUCCUCCCUAGAGUUUUACAACAACCUGAUCAGCAGCAGGGGCUUCCCUCCUGAGCAUACCAGUUGGGGAUGUGGUGAGAGUCACCGUGACAGACAGUGCAAUUUCUGCUUAGUUCUUGAGAAGAAGAAACCACUGAUAUUCUUCGGUUGUUGUCUCUUUUCCACCCUGGUCCUACUUUUAAUAGCUACCAUUUUCAACAAGAGGAAGAGAAAAAAAUAUUGUAAGGCAAAGAACUUGCAACAACACAUUGGGAUUCCAUUGAAGAAAGAUCAUAAGAGUAUCCUCAGCUAAACUGGUCUUAUUUCCAUCUGCCUUCAAAAAGACAAAGGUUUAAGUUCACUCCACUUUCCCCAUUCCAAAUAGGUUACAGGAAACAAAUGUGUGUAAGAAGUGCGGGAAUAUUGCUUGUAACCAUGGGAAUGACCAUGGUUUUGCAGGAUGGUCCACAUUAAUUUUCCCUUAGGAGCUGAUGUCAACAAAUUAGAGUGGUGGGGUUUGAAGAUAAAAUCUUCUCCUAAGCAGACAUUAAGCUGGUAGAAUUGCUGGUACCUAGUUGUCUUGUGAAUUCUGAGUUCCUUUUGGUCACUCUACAUUUACAAUGCAAAGAUGUGGGCUGGUGGUUACAAUUCAAGUAGAACCUAAACACAAAAUUGGCAUCUUGGUUCAAUUCCAUACCAAAGAUUUUUAAUUCUUCCUUAAACCAGAGAGGCAGCAAUAUACCCUGUUUAUAAAUCCUACUUCCCACAAGGUACUUUGUCUUUAUGUCAGAGUAUACCUUAAAAGGCUCAAGAAAAGGAACAUAAGUAGAAAAAAGAAACAAUAUGGGAAAGAAACUGACUGUUCUUGAGCUAAUUACAGGUUAAAAUCUCACAGUCACAGCUUCUCAGAAUUGGAAGGGGACUCAAAAGUUACCCAGUCCAAUGAGAUCCAGUAGUUAUCCAGCCAUUGCUUGAAAAGAACUAAGCAAGGUGGGGAGGGGGUGCCCUCUACCUUUUGAGGCUGCCAAUAUAUUUUUGAAUAGCUCUAAUUGUGAGGCCGUCUUUCCUUACAUCAAGCUGAGCUGAAAAGUUUCUAGUUCUAGGGGACAAAUAAAACAAAUCUCAAUUCUCUUCCACUUGAAAGCCCUUCAAAUACUUCAAGAAAGCUAUCUUGUCUACAAUGUCUUCUCUAGGUAAAGCAUCCUCAAUUCCUUCAACCAUUCCUAAAAUUUGGCAACAUUUAGUCGCCUCCCGCUGGAUGCACUGCAGUUUAUUAAUGUUCUUCCAAAAUUUGGCCAAAACUGAAUACUCCCUCCCACAGUCUUUCCCACCAGGAAAAAAAAAACCCACAAGAAAACAGUGUCAAUUAUCUGAAUCUUGCAAAAUCCUCCAUUUGACUACUAAAUUUAUGUGGACAUUGACUACAAAAUAUAAAACAUGGAAUCUUUGGUUACAUAUGAGAUUAUGGGAUUAGAAGUGAGGAGACCUAAAUUCUAGGUCUACCACUCCAAUAUGACCUUAGGCAAGCACCUUAAUUUCUUCCUUUGACAAAUGUUGGUAAUAAUCCCUGCUUUACUAGUCUUUCCAAGUUGAGUAAUGAUAAUAGAUUAGAAAGCACUCUGAAAAAUUAUAAACACCAUACAAAUGUAAAGUGGGUUUUUUUAACCAUUUAGAUUAGUCCUAAAUAAACCCAAAUUAUUAAAUGAUCCCUUUUCCCUGGCUUAUACAACUCCUACAGCCAUGUUCAAAUGUGUCCUUUCUCCACGUAUAGACACCAGGCACAAUAUCUGAGUAUAGUAAACUGUUACUCUAGUAGGGUAAUUAAAAAUGUAGAUAAAUUAUCUGUAUUCAAACCCUGUUGUUUGACUUAGAUCCUUCUUUUCCUCAAAGUUCGCCUCCUAGGAACUGAAGUGAAGCAGGUUUUGUUUGAAUUUUGUUGAAAAAGGAGCACUUUCUAAAGCAGCCUCCAAGACAAAAGUUCUUAACAUUCUCUAAAUUCGAGGGAAAAUUAACAGAAACCUUAACUUUAUGCCGUCCCAUAGUUCCUUCCUCUAAGUUUACAUCACAGAAAUAGUGAACUCUUAGUUUUAGUCAGCAUUUAUUAAACACCAGCUCUUCAUAGAGAUGCUGGCUCUGUCUACCGGUAGCUGCAGUUGUUUUGCUAGAUCAGGAGCUGUAAACCUUGCUGUUUAAUUGACCCCUUUGGAAGUCAGGGAAAGCCUUUGGUAAAGUCUCAGAACAAUUUAAAUGCACAAAAUAAAAUAAUAUUAGUGAACAAAAUAAAGUGUUUUUAAAUGCAUGAAAUAAAAUACUUAGUGUUAAAAAAGAAAGCCACUAUAUUGAAAUGUCAUCAAAUUAAAAAUAAAUUUGAUAUAAAUGAUCUUUUAUUAAUGCAUUAAACAAGAUAAAACAUUUAAAAAUAAAAAGAUCUAAUAACUCCAGUAAUUUUGAAGUGAUGAUUAGCAUAAACAAUAUUUUAGGAAAUCUCCAAUAUCUAUAAUGUGAUAUGAAAAUAUCUGUGAUUUAUACUAGUGACAAAGUCACAGGUACUAAUACUAUGGUGGUCCAUUGCCUACAUUCAUAUCUGAAGGAGAUGCUAAAUUUCAUUUAGAAGUUAUUGAAAAUAAAGAUGUAAUUUUUUUCCCCAUCUAAGUUCAAAGACCCUCUCAACUCCAGGUUAAGAACCCUGCAUUAAAGCAUAGGACAGUUCUGUCUAAAGGUUCUUGACAGGAAAUGAUUUUGUAAAGGCAAGUGAUUAUAUUAAUUACUCUCCCACUGACAUCAAAAACAUUAAUUUUGGAAUGCAAUUAAGUUCAUUUAAGUUACUAUUAACCAUGAUAAGGAAUUGUCUAUAUAAUAAAAAUCACUUGUGUACUCAAAGAAGUGGCUGAUUGAGUCAAAAUGAACUUUUUUUUUGAGAUAGUACUUUAAACAUUUUUAUUAAUAUUUUUAAUGUUGGAAAAUUUUUAUUCCUUGAAAUUACAUUUAGUUGUUGGAAACUCCCAAAUUGAUUCUGAGGUAAGAUUGGUAAACAGAAUAGUUCAUUUAACUGAGACAUAUCAUGUUUAAUAAAAAACAUGUUAUAACAAUAAAGUAAUAAGAGGGAUUUUAUUGGUAUGCCUCACAACCUGGCUCUGAUGAAAUUAAUUUUUUCUCCACUUUUUUUUCCAUAAAAGGAUUUUAUUAUUUUCCAGUUACAUGUAGAGAUAAUUUUCAACAUUUGUUUUUA